AUGAUAGACUUGUUAGACAUCAUCGCCCCCAAAUCUAUCAAGAGGGAGCUGGUGAAGAGAGGGGAGCUCAGCGAUGCAGACAAGCUCAACAACGCCAAGGAGAGCAGUUUGCGGCCGAAAUGUUGUCGUUYCUCUCAUAGCAGUGUACAAUUUAGCCAGCUGUUUUUAAAUAGAGCGUUUUGUGGACUGUUCACAGUCCCUGGUCUAAAGAUGGAAGGCUUGGAAAUGUCUGCUAUGAUACCUGCACUGCAGGAGCUAGCGAGUGCCACCGCAGAGGAAUACAACAAGGUGGUUCAGAAGCCUCGUCAGAUUCUCUGUCAGUUCAUUGACCGAAUACUGACAGACGUAGAUGUCGUUGCGUUGGAGCUGUCUAAGAGGUCCAGUUCAGAGCCAGCGUGUGUGAUGUUGUUGGACUUUGUUCAGCACAUUAUAAAGUCUUCCUCUCUGAUGUUUGUCAACCCUGCCUGUCAGCUGGCCCACUUCACAGACACACAGCAGAGCAGCACCGAGUUCAGUAGGUGGGUUGUCGGCAGGUUGCUGCGAGUCGCCGCAUCUCCAAGCUGUGACGUCAUCCAUGGGCGUGUCUCGGCCGUGCUCUGCUCCCUACUGCACGCACUCAGACCGCGAGCACCAAUCACCUUCAACGUCAUCGCCAAAGAGAUGCUUGGAUUGGCCCAGGACCUCAGCAAUCUGCUCUACACACACACACACUCACACACCCCAGGAACACAUACACACUCUACAAACACACACACCUUGUGGCCGGUAACCCUGCAGUCUUUCUCUGUCUCUCUCACCCCUUAUCUCACCCCCUCACCCCUCCUCCUCCCCUCGCCUGCCGCCUUGGAAACCCUCGUUGCAGUGACAGUGAACGUUCUGACCGACGCCCUCAGGGGAUUGGCCAGCCGCAGGGAGAUGGGGGUGGCUUGGGAGGCGGGCUGUUUGGUCUUGGCCUAUGGGAGUGCUCGGUUAAGGAAGGUUGCUAUGGUGAUGCUGAGGCGGUUGGCGGAGAUUGGUGGGUUCCCGGAGAGGCGGAGUCAGGAGUUUUUUACAGCAUACCUGAUGCUGCUGGACACACACACACCUGAGCCAGAGACAUAUGGGGGAGAGCUGCUGAAACUGACGCAGUGUGUGUUUGGAUCUGCGCACACACCUGCUCACACACACACACGUUUUGAGCGUACCCACCUGGCCCAGCUGUUGGAACGUGUGUGUGUUCUGRCAGGGGCGGGCUUAGUUCUGGAAUUAGAGGUCAGCCAAUCGCUGAGCUUUGUCUUUAACUUCCUGUUGUCCGUUCCACCGGGAUACGAGAGCGCCCCGUCGCUACGGAGACAGAGAGUCACUGACGUCUGCAGAAACCUCACACACUCCAUCGGGAUGGAGAAGCAGUCUGAGUGUGUGCAGGGGUUUCUUUACACUGCCCUGAAGGCUGAGGUUGCUGUGGUGAUGCAAGAGAGGGAGGAUGGAGAAACGGCUGCUAAGCGACCCUGUCUACCCAUCACCCCCCUGGCCAGCAAGACCCCCGAAACUCCCCCGAUGGAGGUGGACAUGCGUGUGCGUAGUGAGGUGUGGGCGGCAGUGAGCGGCAGGCUGGAUGACCUUCUGGCUUCUCUGGUGAACUGUGACCUUGACCCGAUGACCCCUGAGCCUGACGCUGACCCUCAGAUGACCCUGAGAGCUCUGAAGGGACUCGCUCUCAUCCUGCACCUGGCUGGCCUCUGUUACACACACACCAGCUCCUCCUCUCUCCUGUGGCUGUCUGCCUCCACUCUGGGCAGGGCUUUGGACACCUGUCAAUCACUACUGGGUGGGGCUAAGUCUACCACUGACCACACCCAUAUACAGUCUGCCAUCCAGGUGGCUGUCAGAAUACUGGACUCCAUCAUCUACCUGACAAUGAGUAGCCCGGCUGAGGACAGUGGUCUCCAGAAUAGUGUGUGCGCGUUGCUGUCCGUGCCAUGGGUGUGUGAGCUGUCGUCUGUCCCAGCCUAUCAGAUGGCAGGAUUCCCCCCCAGCCUCCCCGACUUGGCUAAGAGAAUGUCUCCCUGCUACUCCCCCCAGGUCCAGGCGGAGUGUGUGUUGCUGCUGUCUCUGCUGCGUGGGGAUGUGUGUGUGUCGUGGCGUGUGUCUGUGUGUUCCCAGGCCCUGGAGAGUCCCCAUGAGGUGGUCAGGGCCAGUGCUGUCAGGAGCUUUCCUCUACUACUGCACCACGUGGGACACACACACCACAACCUGACACACACCACCUUAAUGAGUGUCCUGGAGGACAGCUCAGAGCAGGUGAGGGCGGAGCUAGCUGGUAUUUCUGGUCAGCUGACCUGCGUCCUAUCGGGGAGCUCCAAAUUAAAUGUCAAUCACAAGGAGCCCCUCCCACUACCCAUGAUCCUUUGCUCCCGCCUCGGCCUUGCAGCUGAGCAUGCUGGGAAGGGCACUCCCAUUGGAGCAUCCGUCAUCAAGCCUGUCCUACCUCUGCUACGACCGAGCAGCAGCAGUGUUGCCAAAAGAGCGUUCCUAGAUGCUCUGCCGCACCUCUGCCAGCAUGUCAACCUUGGAGGCAGAGACAGUGACUCUCUGGCCAUUCUGAGAGAUCUGAUUGGCCUAAUAGAAGACCCAGACCCGUCAGUCAGAACACUCUUCAGCCAAUCAGUUCGCUUCCUGCUGGCGGAGCCCACCUCCGAACCCGACCAGGAUCCAGUCAAGGAGCUGCUGGUGUCUCGUGUGAAGGAGGCGUUCAGUAAGGCUAAACUCAACAGAGACGACGAGCUACGCAGCACGCUCAUACUGACCACUGGAGAGAUUGGCAGGGCUGCUAAGGGUAGCUUGGUGUCGUUCUCUCUCCUGAGGUUACUGCACUGUCUCCUGUCCAAGUCCUCUCCUGUCUCUGUGUCAGCCUACACACAGAUCACUGCCCUGGCCACAGCUAGAGGACUCAAACUACAGACACUGUUCAGCCAGUACAAGAACCCUGUCUGCCAGUUCCUGGUAGAGUCCCUCCACUCGCGUCACGCCGGCGCCCUGCGGAGCACGCCAGAGCAAGGUAGCCAGCUAGCCAAUCAGAGAGAAGUAGCUCUGGACAUCCUGUCUCAGGUCGCCCACGCCUUUGACUUCCCUGACCUGCACCGCUUCCUCACGAGGACUCUCCAGGUGCUCCUCCCCUACCUGGCCGCGAAGGCCAGCGCCACAGGCUCCGCCCUCAUCAGGACGCUGGCCAAUGAGAUGAAAGCGAACCGRCGCGAGAUCCUGAUCAACAACUUUAAGUACAUCUUCAGCCACCUGGUGUGUUCCUGCACUAAGGAGGAGCUGGAGAGAGCCUUCCACUACCUCCAGAGAGAGACGGAGAUAGAGCUGGGCUCUCUGCUGAGGCAGGACUUCCAGGGCCUGCACAACGAGCUGCUGCUACGCCUGGGAGAACACUACCAACAAGUGUUUAAUGGUCUGGCCAUCCUGGCCUCAUUUGCCUCCAAUGACGACCCGUACCAGGGACCCCGUGACAUCACCACCCCGGAACACAUGGCUGACUACCUCCAGCCCAAGCUGCUGGGCAUCCUGGCCUUCUUCAACAUGCAGCUGCUGAGCUCCAGUGCUGGGGAGAAGGACGGUAAGAAGAUGGCCCUGACCAGCCUGAUGGCCCUGAUGAAGCUGAUGGGCUCCAAACACACCAGCUCAGUCCGAGUCAAGAUGAUGACCACACUACGGACUGGACUACGAUACAGACAAGACUUCCCUCUGCUCUGCUGCCAGUCAGCUGACUACCUCCAGCCCAAGCUGCUGGCCAUCCUGGCCUUCUUCAACAUGCAGCUGCUGAGCUCCAGUUGCUGGGAGAAGGACGGACCCGCCACCUGGGGCCGGUUGCUCAGUCAUGUGAUCGGUGCGCUUCUUCCGCUGAUACCACUCCAGCCCAGAGAGACUGCUGCUAUAAUACACUACCUCAUACUGGACAAUAGGGAAGAGGUGCAGGACUAUCUCCAUGAAAUCUACUUCCUGCCAGACCACCCUGAACUCAAAGACAUACACACUGUCCUGCAGGACUACAAGAAGUUGACGUCCAGGACCAGUGACCUGGCUGCAGGCCUACAGCUCUCCAUGAGGGCUGUCCAACACGAGAACCUGGACGUCAGAGUUCACGCUCUGACCAGCCUCAAGGACAUGAUGCACAGCAACCAGGAGUGGUUGCUGCGACAGGUGUGCGCGUCGGAGGCGGUAGAGCCAGUCAUCUCCUCAUUGGUCUCAGUGUUACUGCGAGGUUGUCAGGACUCUUCCCCGACGGCCAGGCUGCUGUGUGGGGAGUGUCUGGGGGAGCUGGGGGCCGUGGACCCUGGACGGCUGGACCUCUCUCACACACACACACACGGAAGCAGCAACACCUUCGUGAGUGGGGUGGAGGAGAGUAACUUUGCCUAUGAACUACUGACGGAGCUGACCAGGACUUUCUUGGCGUAUGCUGAUGAUGUCAGAGCACAGGACUCGGCAGCCUAUGCAAUGCAGGAGCUGCUGUCUAUAUUUGAGUGUCGUGAGGGCCGUAGUGACUCCCCUGGUCGACGGCUGUGGAGGAGAUUCCCUGAACAAGUCCAAGAGAUAUUGGAGCCUCACCUCAACAGCAGGUAUAAGAGCAGUCAAAAGGUGGUGAACUGGUCCAAGGUGAAGAAGCCUGUCUACCUCAGCAGCCGAGGAACCAAGUUCUCUGAUUGGUCAGCUACCUGGGCCGGAUACCUCAUCAGCAAGGUGAGACAUGAGUUGGCCAGCAAGGUGUUCACCUGUUGCAGUUUCAUCAUCAAACACGACUACAAAGUYACCAUCUACCUGCUGCCCCAUAUACUGCUUUACAUGCUGAUGGGCUGCACUGCUGUUGAACAAGGAGAGGUAACAGAGGAAAUGCUGGCUGUGCUCACAGAGGGUGAUGGGCGUGGUGGGCGUGUCCAGGAGGCCUCAUCUAGCCUUUCACAGCUCAGUACUCAGAACCAGGAAGCAACGUCCAGCCUAUCACAGCUGAGCACCCAGACGGUGUUCAGUAUGCUGGCUCACCUCACCCAGUGGAGCCGACACACACUGUCGGCUAGAAUCAAACACAGCGAAAGUGGUGACUACCAGCGAGUGGUAGCGUUUCUAAAAGGGAUCCCUCAGGACGUGUUAGCCAAGGCCUCUCUACGGUCUAAAGCCUACACCAGAGCCCUGAUGCACUUUGAGGCUUACAUACUGGAGAACAAAGAGGACAUCCAGGAUCAUCUGCGCUUCCUACAGAUGCUGUACGCAGCCAUGCACGAACCGGACGGUGUCAGGGGUGCGAACGCUCUCCGGCGGGAAGAGCCGUCCCUACGGGAACAGAUUCUAGAACACGAGAGCAUCGGGUUGCUAAGAGACGCUACGGCGUGCUACGACCGGGCCAUACAGCUGGAGUCCGACCAGAUAGGACACUACCAUGGGGUGAUGAGUUCUAUGCUGGGGCUGGGACAGCUCUCUACUGUCGUCACACAGGUCAAUGGAGUCCUGGCCAACAGGCCCCAGUGGAAGUCUGAUCUGAACACCUACAGGGUGGAAGCUGCCUGGAAGCUCAGCAAGUGGGACCUCCUGGAGGACUACCUGGGCUCUGAUCGUAAGUCCAGCACGUGGGGUGUGAGGCUGGGUCAGAUGCUGCUAGCGGCUAAGCGGCGCGACGCGGAGACGUUCUACGACAAACUGAAGCUGGUCAGGACAGAGCAGGUGGUGCCGCUAGCUGCUGCUAGCUAUGAGACUGGGACCUACCAGAGAGGAUACGAAUACAUCGUCAGGCUCCACAUGCUGAGUGAGUUGGAGCAUGCCUUCACUGACCUCCAGAGACAGAGAGAAGGCCACGCCCCUAGCACAGCCACACUGCCCUCCCAUUGGCCAGAUCGGCUGGAGAUGACCCAGAAUUCUUUCCGCGCAAAAGAGCCAAUCCUGGCCCUGCGGCGAGCACUGCUGAGCAUCGGCUCAGGUGUGCGUGAGGGGCUGGUCGGGGAGUGCUGGUUGCAGAGUGCCCGGGUGGCCAGGAAGGCAGGACAUCACCAGACAGCCUUCAACGCUCUGCUGAACGGACAGAACACACACACUGCCGAACUACUGACAGAGAAGGCCAAGUGGCUUUGGUCCAAGGGAGAUGUCCACCAGGCGUUGAUAGUUCUCCAGAAGGGAGUGACUCAGUGUUUCCCAGUCGACCAGCCUCUCUCAGACCAGAGGAGUCUUCAGACCAAAGGUAAAGCCAUGCUUCUGGUGGGACGCUUCAUGGAGGAGACAGCCAACUUUGAUUCCAACGCCAUCAUGAAGGCCUACAGGGUACCAAGCACGAUACUACCCAACGCGAUACUACCCGACAUUAUACUACCCAAUGCGAUACUACCCGACAUUAUACUACCCAACGCGAUCUAUGAGACUGGGACCUACCAGAGAGGAUACGAAUACAUCGUCAGGCUCCACAUGCUGAGUGAGUUGGAGCAUGCCUUCACUGACCUCCAGAGACAGAGAGAAGGCCACGCCCCUAGCACAGCCACACUGCCCUCCCAUUGGCCAGAUCGGCUGGAGAUGACCCAGAAUUCUUUCCGCGCAAAAGAGCCAAUCCUGGCCCUGCGGCGAGCACUGCUGAGCAUCGGCUCAGGUGUGCGUGAGGGGCUGGUCGGGGAGUGCUGGUUGCAGAGUGCCCGGGUGGCCAGGAAGGCAGGACAUCACCAGACAGCCUUCAACGCUCUGCUGAACGGACAGAACACACACACUGCCGAACUACUGACAGAGAAGGCCAAGUGGCUUUGGUCCAAGGGAGAUGUCCACCAGGCGUUGAUAGUUCUCCAGAAGGGAGUGACUCAGUGUUUCCCAGUCGACCAGCCUCUCUCAGACCAGAGGAGUCUUCAGACCAAAGGUAAAGCCAUGCUUCUGGUGGGACGCUUCAUGGAGGAGACAGCCAACUUUGAUUCCAACGCCAUCAUGAAGGCCUACAGGGUACCAAGCACGAUACUACCCAACGCGAUACUACCCGACAUUAUACUACCCAAUGCGAUACUACCCGACAUUAUACUACCCAACGCGAUACUACCCGACAUUAUACUACCCAACGCGAUACUACCCGACAUUAUACUACCCAACGCGAUACUACCCAACUACCCGACAUACUACCCAACGCGAUACUACCCAACUACCUGACAUUAUACUACCCAA